UGAAAAUGUCUUAUAUAGGCUGUCAGCGAGAAAGAUGCUUCCCCCUCAAAUACCCGAUAAUCCCACGCAACAAAGUGUCAGUGAUGGGGAGACAGAAGAAUAUGUCACAACUCCCUUAGCCAUCUCUCUGCCACCCCCACAAAACACAGCCACACCAAGUGAGGAGGGGAGCCUGCAGCCCAGGCACUGCAGCAGGAGGCCCAUCUGCUGCCCGUGCUCUCUGUGCCAGGAGGGUACUGACUGUGCAUGUGUGCCAGCCCUGCAGCAUGCUCUAGGGAGGAAAAGGAGUAUAUGAGCGGGGGAUGGGAAGGAAUAUAAAAAAUAGAUAAUCAAACAUCAACUCCCCUCAGUCCCCAUGUCAGAUUGAUAUAAUCCCCUAUCAAGGGCUGAGCACAAAGGGACGUGGGCUCUGAGUCCCUCCCCAAUUCUAUAGGGCUGCUGGUAAUGCCUGGGGAUUUGUUAGCUAUAAAUCUCUCUAUAUUUGUUGUAAAGCAGUGUAUGUGUGUGUGUGCAAUUUUACCAUCGCGAGAUCUGUUUCUCCACACAAGCUCGACAAAGGUGAUGGGGGACAGAGUGUGUGCUGCAGCUGCAGACCUGCUGAGACGGCUCGCAGAGAUGAGACAGAAAGAGGGGCAAAGCAGGAGGGAUGGAGACAGUACUGAGCUCUGUCAGACUGUGUUUUUAUCAAGGGGUUUCUGGUGACAACACUCGAGAGCAGAACUUGGGUCACCAGAAAGUCCUUCCACAUCUCCCAGAGCAGAACUCAGGUUACCAGGAUCUCACCCUUGGGAGCGGAGCUUGAGUCAUUAGGAAAACUGACCCCAAAAAGAGCAAAGCUUUGGUCACUGAGACUCCCCUUCAGAGAAUGGCACUCCGGUCACCAGCAAACCUCCGCACCAGAGCAUGAAUUCAAAUCACCCCAAACACCCACUACUACUGCUGCUAGGAGCAUCGCUUGAAUCACCAGGAACCGCCCAGUCCUGUGAGCAGAUCUCCAGUCAUCAUAGACUCCCACCCUGGACUGCAGAGCUUGAGUCAUCACAAAUCCCCAUCUUCAGGAAUGGGGCUGAAGUCACUUUAGCUGGAACUCCCCCCCACCCCACCCCAACAAGAGUUCGUGUUAUCUGAGUCCCUCCCUCAAAACUGGUGCUUGAGUCAACUCUGAGCACCUCUUCCAUCCCCCAAGAAAAAUCACUUGUAAUUCCCUGUGGAUGGAGCCUGAGUCACUACCAGCUUCUAAGAGCAGAGCUCAAGGCAACCUAGGACCCAAAAUCAGAGCUCAAGACAGCUGAGACCCACAUCCUGUGAGGGGAGCUCAAACCAAUGGAAACCUCACUCAAGAGCUCACCUCCAGAGUCCCCACUCCUGAAACAGAAAAUAGUGAGUGUGGGGACAUAUUUUUAAACCAGGAUUAGACAAAAGCAGUCCUCUGGGUCUGUUUCUGGGGAUCCCCUGAUUUUCCCCUCCUUUACAUCCUUACAAACAUCCUUUAGGCACGGAAGUAAUCCCUGUCCUUAUAAACAACAGACAGGGAAUGAAACCUUGAGUCUAACGGCUGGGCAUCACAGAGUUCCUGCUCCAAUCUUUGGUUCUGCCUCUCCACCCUGAGAUGGUUUUGCAGUAGUGAAGGGAAAUCAGCUGCAGGUGUGAGACUCCCUCCUGCAAGGAUGCUCUGCUGUACCUGCAUAGCUGGGUGUUAAUCCUUUGGAUGUACAAGAGACCCUGCUGGAGACAGAAUGCCCAUCACCAAUAGAGGAUGAAGAUGAGACGCCACAAGCUCUUUCUGACUCUGUGCAUGGGUGGUCUCUGCCUCAUCUCCGUCCUGCACUUCCUCAAGGCCCUCUCUUACGUCACCUUCCCCCGGGAGCUGGCUUCGCUUAGCCCCAACCUCGUCUACAGCUUCUUCUGGAACAAUGCACCUGUCACGCCGCAGGUCAGCCCUGAGCCAGGAGGGCCGGAGUUUCUCCGCACGCCUCUGUACUCCCAUUCACCCCUGCUCCAGCCCCUGCCACCCAGCAGGGCCAGCGAGGAGCUACACAAAGCUGAGUUUGUACUGCAGGAAGACACGUCAAAAUAUUUUGUCCAUACCAAAGCUGGCGGCGUCUGCUUCAAGCCAGGCACCAGGAUGUUGGAGAAGCCACCAGCAGGCCAGACGGACGAGAGAGAAGAUGGCGCUGCUUCGGGGCACCCAGCUCGCAAGCCACUGAGCAACAGCGGCACAAAGCGGCGCAAGUGGGUGGAGUGCAUGUGCCUGCCUGGCUGGCAUGGCCCUAGCUGUGGGGUGCCCACUGUGGUCCAGUACUCAAACUUGCCCACCAAGGAUCGGCUGGCACCACGUGAAGUACCCCGGCGGGUCAUCAAUGCCAUCAACAUCAACCAUGAGUUCGACCUCCUGGAAGCUCGUUUCCAUGAGCUGGGUGAUGUAGUGGACGCCUUCGUGGUCUGCGAGUCGAACUUCACGGCCUAUGGCGAGGCGCGCCCACUAAAGUUCCGCGAGAUGCUCCUCAAUGGCUCCUUCGACUACAUCCGCCACAAGGUGCUCUACGUCUUCCUGGACCACUUCCCUCCCGGUGGGCGCCAGGACGGCUGGAUCGCCGAUGACUACCUGCGCACCUUCCUGACGCGGGACGGCACCUCCCGCCUACGCAACCUGCGCCCGGACGACAUCUUCAUCAUUGACGAUGCGGACGAGAUCCCGGCCCGCGAUGGCGUGCUGUUCCUCAAGCUCUACGAUGGCUGGACAGAGCCUUUUGCUUUCCACAUGCGCAAGUCCCUCUAUGGCUUCUUCUGGAAGCAGCCCGGCACCCUAGAGGUGGUUUCUGGCUGCACAGUGGGGAUGCUGCAUGCCGUCUACGCCACGGAUGGGAUCCGCCUCCGCCGCAGAGAGUAUUAUACUAUGCCCGGCUUCCGGCAGUAUGAGAACAGCACGGGCCACAUUCUGGUGCAGUGGUCGCUGGGCAGCCCCCUCCAUUUUGCUGGCUGGCACUGCUCCUGGUGCUUCACCCCAGAGGGCAUCUACUUCAAACUGGUGUCAGCCCAGAAUGGGGAUUUCCCCCGCUGGGGUGACUACGAGGACAAGCGGGACCUCAACUACAUCCGGGAACUGAUCCGAACUGGUGGCUGGUUCGACGGCACCACCCAGGAGUACCCCCCUGCUGACCCCAAGGAACAAAUGUAUGCCCCAAAGUACCUGCUAAAGAACUACCAGCGGUUCCACUACCUGCUGGAGAAUCCUUACCGGCGGGCAGAAGGGGCUGGAUGAGGGGAGCGGGACUUGCAUGGGAAAUGGGAACAUUAGAGCAAACGGAAAGAGUGAGGUGUCUCUUUUAUUUUCCUUCUUCAUUUUGUUUCCAGCUGAGGUGUGUAGUUUCUCUGCAUUCUCUGCCUUUCCAGGAGUGAGACUUGGGGUGGGAUUCCCAGUCACACUAACGAGGGCCAGAGGGAAGGAGAGGAAAUGGGAACUGGCCCUGCAGAAGGCAAAAAGACUAUGGCACACCUCCUCAACCUUGCCUGCAGGGUGGAGAGAUCUUAUCCAGGGGGCAGAUUUUCCUACACGAGGGUGGGCAGAGGGAGCAGCUGCCCCCACCGCGGAACAGGUUGCAUGCACAUGUGAGUCUGGACUUGUCAAUGAGCAUGUGAGUGGGCGGGCGAAUGUAUGAUCAUGUGCAUGUGAGUGGAUGUGUGUGUCACGCGUGUUCAUGUGAGUUUGUGUGUACAUGUGCAAAAGCAUAUCUAUAGGCAUUUAUUUUUUUACCUCGGUAUUCUUUAAAACAUAGCCUCCCUCUACCAACCUCAUGUCAAUGCAUCUCUCCUGGGCUCCACUCUUUGUCUAAUGUGCUGCCGGUCCUGGAGCUUGCAGAAAAGGGAAGUGGGGUGGAACACAAGUGCUUGUACUCCUUCCCUACCCCCACCUCACUGUCACGCUGCACCCCACACCUUAGCUUUGCCCACAAAGCCUCAGGCUGUGUCCCAGCAACCUGUUUUCGUCAGGGGAACAAGCUGCAGGGCUCUUCACUAGGUUGAUUGUGUGUUGUGUUCACAAGUGUGUGGAUUAGUGUGUGCACGAGUGUUAAUGUGCAUGGAUUUGGCAGAUGUGUGGCAGAGUGCGUGUGUGUGUGAGAGGGGUGGGAGAGUGGCAGGAUUCAGAAGCUCUGCUAUCUACUUAGGGGUUAAGGAUAUUCAGGGAACCCUCUACAAGCCUACUGGGUAUAGGGGGAGGCUGGGAAGCUGUAGGCUCUCAUGCCAGUGCUCCAUAAAUGGUCCUAUUCAGAACCAGCUCUGGAUAAGGGGUAAGAAUGGGGACAAACUUAGGGAGGCACUGCUGGCAAUAUCUGUGGCAGGGAGCCUCCCUCCCCCAUAUAACAAUACAAUACAAGUGCUGGUUAAUCCUCUUCUCCCUGGAGUAAGAGGGAGGGGAAGGGGAAAUCCCAACCCCCUAGAGCCUAGCCCAGGUGUUGGGGCCAGUGGGAUACAGACUGCAUCGAGGCACAGCACCCGCCCCAGGGACACGGAGAAUCCGCUGGGGAAUUACUCCUGGAAUGCUGCCGCCUUGUGGCUGGGAGGAUGCGCGAUCCAGACUCCUUGUCUGGACUGUGUGGAGAGUCAUGCAAUGAGGAGGGGAAGUGACAGAACUGGAUUUAAGAGCCGAACCAAUUGGAGGCAGCGAGCUAAGCUCUCCAUCCCUGUUGUCCCUCCACCGGGUUUUUAAUGACAGGGCUUGUUUCUUUCCUCGGCUCUCUUGGUUCUUUGGGGUGACAGCCACCUUCCCCCUCUCCCAGUUUGAGCAAAUGGCUCCGUAGUGUGUAUGGAGCCCAAUCUGUAGCAUGUAGCAGGGUGAAGCUAUGUUAUUCUUCCAGCUGAGAGAGUACACUGAAGAGAGAAAUGAUGGAAACAUGAUUCCCCACCCUCUUGUUUGGAAUAAGCAUGGUGGGAGAAAAGGGAAUAUUCCCUACAAGGUGCGAUCAUCCCCCACCAGCCAGGCCAGCUGUGCUGAAGAGAGGGGGCUUUCUUUGCCAGUGGGAGCGUAAAUCACUCUGACCAUUAGGACUCACCAUCCUUGUUUUUUUGCCUGGAUUCCCAUUUCUGCUACUCUCUUUCCCCCCACCUUUGUGCUCCCUCCUCCUUCUGUCUGGGGGAAAGUGACAGGCCCUAGAGCUCAGUUCUAAGGUCGUGCCUUCCUCCUAGAGUUCAGUUCUAAGGUCGUGCCUUCCUCCUGAUCCUAUAAGUAUUCCUAAGGUUCUUAUUUUAUCUUGGUAUCUAUUCCCCUAGCACUCUGAAUUAACUGAAUUCCUUUUUCCAGCAGCUGUGGGUCCAAAGUACAAUUGAGAUAGAACAACAUAAAGCACCCAGAUUGGAACCCCUUGGUGUUUGACUGAUCUAAGUAAUGUUUAAUCUUAUCUCACUCCUAGUCCCAUGACAGGUUCUCGAAAGAGGCUAAACAUCAUUUCACUUUAUUCACAACUGCUACCAUCACCCACUACUGUCUGCUCCCUGAGAUCACUGAAGGCUGGCCCACGGGAUGGGAGAAGGGGAGAUUUCCACCCUCGCCCCUGGGAGAAAGCUGUUGCUGUGCUGCCCAAGUUGAGCUUUAUCUGCAUGACCCAUCAGCUAGGGUGUGAAGGAGGCGUGUUUCAGACCGAGGGGUGGUACCUCGGAGAGCGGGGGCUACAGGCCAGUUUGCCACAGAGAGUUCAUGAUUGUGGUGAAGGAACCCACAUGACUUACAGGAACGGGAGGGUGAUUGCAAAAAGAGGGGCAUAUGUUAGGGGAGAAGACUUUGCAGCAGUGGGUAUAGCACAGCAGGGCAGUACUACAAUCCUGGGUGGAGGCAGAGGGAGAGCACCAUGCAUCACCACAAGGGCCUGGUGCAAGAUAUUGCGGAGAGGUACGGAGGGACCCAGGCAUUGCUCAUUUUCUUUCAUUCUUGGAGAAAGAGUGAGAGCCCAGAACCUGCCUCAGACCCUCUGCUUUGACUCUGCCUUUCCACAGAAACAACAAACCAACCAAAGUCCAGUCCCUGCUGACUGGAGGGGAGAGAGAGACACACACACUAUAUAUCUUUGUCUGCAAACUCCAUAAUGCUGGGAGGUGGUCAGCUGCCUUGAUGACAGGCACCAUAUAGCUAGAACUUGAGUCCCUUCCUUGCAGCACAGUCCUAGCCACUAAUCUGGGGUGGAUUUAGAACAUCUGGUUAACACCAGCAAUCUUCCUGGAUAGGAAGCGAUGUGGGACCAAGCAGACCACAAUACAUCCACAGUACUGUACCGCCUCCCCUGGCACAGCACCUUUUCCCCAUUGCCUCCUCCCCUCUUCUACUCAAUGGGCUUUCUGGGCUUUGCAUUGCACUGCAGGACGUGCUUGCCUUGCCUAGGGUUUUGCAGUUGCCUGUUGUGAAUUUCUAAUGUACCCAUCGCUGCAGUAGCUAGACCCAGCACAGAGAUAUAGCCUGCUUGUUCCCCUUCCCUCCCUUAAUUCCUCACUGGCCCUCUUCCCUCUCUCUCUUUCAGUUCCCUCUUCUCACUAACAGCCACACUUCUCUCCUCCCCCCUCCUCCAGGCAUGAGGAACAGAUUCCAUUGUACCUAUUGGGCUUCAGCUAAAGGGUCUCCCCCCCCACACUGGGUAAGAAUUGAGCUCCUCUGGGGACUCUGAGAGGGCUCUCCGUCCCAAAGUCCCUCUCCCCGCCCCCUCCUCACUAGUUAGUUAGAAAUGAAAUUUGAAACAGGCUUCUGUGUUGAGGGACUUUCAGAAGAAAUGUGUUCGGUUUUACUCUUCAUUUUUGUAAUUGUUCAGUUUAAAGCCAAACCAGUUUAUAUCUGUGGUAUUUAACUUGCAUGGCUUAUCCUCUCUUGAUUGGGUUUAGAGAAAUUGACCUCUUGUGGAUUUAACAUCUUCCACUUCCAUCAUCCCUUGAAGACAGCCGGGUGGGACUUUUGGGAACUGGCUCUUCCUGGUUGAUUUCUCAGGCCAACAAUCCGCCCCAACCAGGCCCUGAAGGAAUGGGAAGCAGAGGUUACAUCUGUAAUUUGAUCAGAUAGUUGGAUGGGUGCCUAUAGGAGAGAGAGACAGAUUAAGCUUGAAUAAGGAGCAACACAAAAGUGCAGGGUCUCAAAUUGUGGCAAGGGAGAAAUGGGUGUGAUGAUAAGGAUUGGUCCAGAGCCCUCAUUCCCACAAACCAUUGAUAUGAGCAGUCUGACUUCUUUGAUCGUGUCUUGAUCUGGCACUGAAGAUGCUGCAAUGGAGUUUAGAAGGAAAAGCUUAAAAAACCCAAACCUGUAUUUGGGAGGUGGUUAAUGACAAGAGGGAAUGGCUGGGACGGGAUAUCACAGCUGUUAUAUGCUAUUUGUUGCAGCAAUCACAACUGAAAGUGAGUAGUACAGCUCACUUCCUAUUUGCCCACAAACUCUUAGACAGCUGCUGCUUCACUCAUGGCUAAGUGUCUUUUCACCUUUAACCCCUCACUACCCUUCUUAAUUUGAACAUUGAUGAGGCAGCCUCUGCAAUUUUGGGGGCUUACACUGUGCUGUGUAUCUGUUUCAGCCUGUUGUAUUAAUGUCCCCUGCUCCUUUGUAGUUUUCAAGGCUCUCUCACCCCAUCCCCCCACAUUAAGCCCUGAGAGGCGGGCUCUUUCCAGGUUAUUUAUAAGUGGGGGUGUGGACAUGGUGUUGGAGCAGGUGGGUCCCCCUUACUGAACAGAUUGGCUUGAAGGGGCUUCUCCCUAUCCCAUCAGUGGAGCUGGUGGCAAACCUUGGUGAUGCUCAGAGCCAGAUUGAGUAUGAUAUCCCUAGGGGAACAGGAGACAAAGAAUGGGAUUGUUUUUACGGCUCUGUGUUUAUUAUGAAAAGGAAAACAUCACAGUUCUCUACUUAGUGUUCUUCCCUCCAAUAUUUGCAGUAUGUCCCUGGGGCUGAGGUAUUCACUAGAACUCCUGUUUGCCUCCAACCGGGGGACACAGCGCAACAUAUCAUUUAUAUGCUGAGGGUGGGCAAAUGGAGAGGCUCUGAUUCAUCCCAUUAAUGUGGCAAGGCUGGUGGAGCUCAGAGCAGCAUUUUUUCCAGUUAUCCUCAAGCAAGGUAUCCUCCUGAGACCAUAGUUUUUUCUCACACCCUGGAACCACCCCACCUCGUGUCCCUUUGUCACCCCCUUUCUUCAUCGACUUUCAUGGCUGCUGCAGAUCUGCACUGUGAGAACCCUGGAGCUGGUCAUUCCUGGUCCUGUUAGUAAACACUGGUUAGGGAGGCAGUGGGCAAGGGAAAGGUCAGCUUGGAUUUAUAGACCUCUAAAACUGGGGAGGAGGGAGCGGAAGGGGAAGGAACCCCAAAUCCUUUAGUCUUUGUGUUCAGAGCUCAAAAACAAACAAAAAAAAUUCAAUCUCUCUGAGAAGUUGGAGGAGCUCACCCUUAAUGUGAAAAUAUAGGAGUAUACAUGUGGGGUGGAAAAAAAUGGGAGGGGUUUUAAUCCCAAAUGUCAAGAAAAGGGAGGAGAGUAUAAUGCAAUACACAUACACUGGGAAUAUCAGAGCUGCAACCAAUGGUAUAGAAAGGAUGAAUACAAGGCCAAAAGCCAAACUGAGAAUUCAAACCACUGUCCAUUCUCAUUCCUGCAGGAAUGAUCAAGCAGUAUCCUCCAUGGAGCAAUGCACUAGCAUUCCCAUGGGACUGAUGCUACCCAGGGAACUGACUUGUGGUGUUGCCCAGAGCGCCCUCUUUUGGCAAAGGAAUGCGUGGACUUGCCAAAAAAAACCCCAACAACCCUGUAAUUUAUAAACACCAAUAAUAAUUAAUUUUUGUAAGGAUUAAUCAAAUGUACAUUCUGAAAUCAUUUUCUCUGUAAAUGGUUGGAUUUCAUUUCACCCUUAAAGGGAUACUUAAAAAGGAGAUGAUAAAAAUAAUAAUAAAAAAUUUACAAAGUAUGAAGGGAAACCA